ACCUUUGUCUUCUUUGCUUUCAUUCCUUUAUGUCCUUUCGUCACACAAUGUCUAUCUCUCUACGGUGUCCUCUAUCCCUUUUCGCAGCUCUUCUUCUCAUGCAAAGUCUGGCAGACGCUCAAACAAGUAGCGACUCUUUCAUUCAUUCUCGGGCAGCUUAUUAUCCAAAUUCUGAUGAAAAAGGAACAGAUAAAGGCGCAUGUGGGUUCGGUUCCUUUGGAGCUACCAUUAAUGGUGGGGAUGUAUCAGCUGCAUCUGACCUCUACCGAAAUGGUGUUGGCUGUGGGGCUUGCUAUCAGGUGAGGUGCACCAACACAGCCUACUGCUCGGACAAAGGGGUAACGGUAGUUAUAACAGACCAAGGUUCAGGUGAUCGAACUGACUUCAUUCUGAGCAGACGAGCUUUCGGUCGGAUGGCUCAAACUACUGAUGCGGCUGCUUCUCUGCUAGCUCUUGGUGUGAUUGAUGUUGAGUAUAGACGUGUCUCAUGCAGCUACCCGAACAAAAAUAUAACAAUAAAGAUAGAUGAAAACAGCAACUACCCAUAUUAUUUGGCUUUUGUCAUAUGGUAUCAGCAAGGCAAGAAGGAUAUCACUGCUGUGCAGCUCUGUGAGACUCGGAAUUUGGUGUGCAAGCUCUUGGAUCGAAGCUAUGGAGCAGUUUGGACGACCACCUCGCCUCCAAACGGGCCUUUGUCUCUGAGAAUGUUGCUCGGCGAUGACGAAGAAGGUCAAGAGCCAUGGAUAAUUCCCAUUAAUAACAUACCCCAAAACUGGAAAGCUGGAGAAACAUAUGACUUGGGAGUACAAGUGGAUUUAUAGACGGCUGUUACCAUUAAGUACUUCUUAUAUUUAUAACUUCCAAAUAAAUUCUGAAUGUUCUCAUCGUUAUUAUUCUUACUCAGAGAAUUAGGAAAAUUCUUAAAUGCAAUCAUCUAUAUUAUUGAA